GGACUCAGCACCAAGAUGUUCCAGGUGAAGAGACUGGAAGAGAUCAGCGCGUGUUUCCACGGUGACCAGCUGGAGAAAAUGGCCUUUGUGCAGUGCAUGGGAAAGGUGGAGGGCGUGAAAUGCUUUCUGGAGGAGGGUCCUAGUGACCAAGACUCCAGAUCUGGAAAGAACGAGGCUAAGGAGAAGCUUUGGUCCCAUCCCGGCCUGGAGGAAACCACGUGUGUCAAAGGCAAAAGGACCUCAUCUCUCACAGAUGACGCCCCAGCGCCUCCUGCCCCUUUUAGUCACCGGAUCGUAACAGCAAAACCAGCGUCCGUCAAUAGCUUUUAUACUGUGAACAGGACAGAAAUGUUAGGAGGGGGGCGCUUUGGCCAGGUUCACAAAUGUGAAGAGAAAGCAACCGGGCUGAAGCUGGCGGCCAAGAUCAUCAAGACCAGAAACAAGAAGGAAAAGGAGGAGGUGAAGAACGAGAUCAACAUCAUGAAUCAGCUGGACCACGUGAACCUCAUUCAACUCUACGAUGCCUUCGAGUCUAGGAACGACGUCGUCCUGGUGAUGGAGUAUGUGGACGGAGGGGAGCUGUUCGACCGCAUCAUUGAUGACAACUACAAUCUGACUGAGUUAGAUACUAUUCUGUUCAUUAAACAGAUUUGUGAGGGCAUAAGACAUAUGCAUCAGAUGUACAUCCUCCAUUUGGACCUGAAGCCUGAGAAUAUCCUGUGUGUGAAUCGGGAUGCUAAGCAAAUAAAAAUUAUUGAUUUUGGAUUGGCCAGGAGAUACAAACCCAGAGACAAGCUGAAGGUGAACUUUGGCACCCCAGAAUUUCUUGCCCCUGAAGUUGUGAACUACGAUUUUGUUUCCUUUCCCACUGACAUGUGGAGUGUGGGGGUCAUCACCUACAUGCUGCUUAGCGGUCUGUCUCCCUUCCUGGGUGACACUGAUGUCGAGACCCUGAACAACAUCCUCGCCUGCAGGUGGGACUUGGAGGAGGAGGAGUUUCAGGACCUCUCAGAUGAGGGCAGGGAGUUCAUCUCCAAGCUUCUGAUUAAGGAGAAGAGUUGGAGAGUAAGUGCAAGUGAAGCUCUCAAGCACCCUUGGUUGUCAGACCACAAGCUCCACUCUAGGCUCAAAGCACAGGUAAACAAAGCUUGA